AUGUCCGAUAAAGAAGAAAAAAUCAUCAAGACCUUGGAGGAAGACGACGAGUUUGAGGAUUUUCCCGAAGACUCGCAUUGGUCAAGCGAACCCAACCCACACUUGAAUGCGGCCAACCUCUGGGAGGAAGAUUGGGACGACGAUGACGCCAAAGAUGAUUUCAGCGAGAAGUUGCGCCAGGAGUUGAAGCGGACACAGAAGAAUUAG